AUGUCGGAGUUACCCAACUUCGAUAACUUCUUCAACCUGGAUGGAAAGGUUGCGUUGGUCACAGGCGGAUCUCGUGGUUUGGGGCUUCACGCAGCAACGGCCUUUUUAAGAGCAGGAGCCAAAACAGUGUUUAUCACGGCUCGGAAAACGGAGGGUCCCCAGGGCAUCAACCAAGCAGUCGAGAAAUUGAACGCUCUCCCAUAUAUCAAAGGCGAAGCUAUUGGAAUCGCCGCAAAUGUCGCACAAGAGAAAGAAGUCCAGAAGCUCUGCGAAGAGGUCAAGAAGAUCGAGCCAAAGCUUCAUAUUCUCGUCGCAAAUGCUGGAGCAACCUGGGGCGGCCCGUUCGAUACAACUCCGGAUUGGGCCAACCAAAAGGUUCUUGAUUUGAACGUCCGCGGCGUGUUCAAUAUUGUCAGAUCAUUUGCCCCAUUACUUGAAGCCGCUGGUACACCCGAAGACCCAGCCAGGGUGGUCGUCGUCAGUUCCACCGCCGGAACCAACGUUCAUCAUGUUGGAGAGCACGGUACUAUUAUGUACUCCGCAUCAAAGGCAGCGGCGCACCAUCUGACGCGAAAUCUUGCUGUCGAGCUUGGGCCAAGAAACAUUACAACAAACACCGUUGCGCCUGGAUUUUUCCCUUCCAAGCUAGCUAAUGGCUUGAUUGAGAUCCUCGGUGGUGAGGAAGACUUGAAGAAGAGCAAUCCUAGGCAGAGACUCGGUAUGCCAGAGGAUAUUGCUGGAGUGAUGCUUUUCCUUACUUCGCCAGUUGCUGGUUACAUGUGA